AUGCACUCCCUCCGCUUAGCCACACGACACCUAAGAACACGCGACCCCAGCAGAGCCAUUAACAUCAAACCAAAAGCAGCAAUAGCAAUAGCCACCCCCUCGCACGAGUUCCACCAAGACCCAUACCUCCUCCGCAAGAUCGACAUCCAAUCCAUUGACCGAUUCGGCGGUGGCCGACUGGGUUUCGUCAAGCUGAAAGCGGAGGUAUCAAACGGUCAGGGCGAGAAAUUACCGGGUAGUGUCUUUUUACGGGGUGGGAGUGUUGGUAUGUUGCUCAUUCUACAACCAGACGACAUCCCCAACCCAACAGAAGAAGACAAGCGCGUAAUCUUAACAAUCCAACCCCGCAUCCCUGCCGGCUCACUCUCCUUCGCUGAGAUCCCAGCCGGAAUGCUCGAUGACAGCGGGACAUUUGCCGGUGGCGCAGCGAAGGAGAUUGAAGAGGAGACUGGGCUACGGGUUGAGCAGGGGGAUCUGGUUGAUAUGACAUCGCUGGCGCUGCAGGCUGCGCAGGAACCGGGAUCUGGUGAGAGGCUUCAAAGUGCUGUUUAUCCGUCUCCUGGUGGGAGUGAUGAGUUUAUUCCGCUGUUUUUGUGUCGGAAGGUCAUGUCGAGGGGUGGGAUUGAGGAGUUGCAGGGGAAGUUGACGGGGUUGAGGGAACGGGGGGAGAAGAUUACGCUUAAGGUUGUGCCUUUGUUGGAUUUGUGGAAGGAGGGGAUUAGGGAUGGGAAGACUUUGGCUGCUUGGGCUUUGUAUCAGGGGUUGAGGCAGGAGGGGUUGAUUUAA